UUUUUUGACCGAACUCCUACCCUUCAAAACCGCUCCGGGUUGAUAUGUCGACACCAAAGAUCUAGUCCAAAGCUCGAAACAAGUUUCGAGUGCCAUCUGUGGUGGUUCAAAAGAAUUUUCAAGUGCCAUUAAAGACGGCAGUAAUAACUUCAAGUAUGGCGGUUAUGCUGUAGCAUUGGGAUUGACAGCCAUAGGCGCUGGCAUUGCCAUCGGGAAUAUUUGGCGAGGAAAAAAAAUGAUUCUCCGAUAAUAAUAAGUAAGUUAAGGGGAUCAGGUUUCAAAAAGAAAAUAUCGUUCUUAUUUAUCUUUGCAGUGGCCGGCCCUCAACAACAAACAACAACACAAGAACAAUAAGUUAUUUAAACUUUUUUAUUUUUUGUUCAUUGUUUGUGUUAUUGUUUUUUUUGAUUUUUUUUGUUUUUUUUUUGUUGGAAAACUCAUAAAAGCUUCUUUUUUUUCUUAUUAUAGAUUUUAUUUUUUGUUUGAAAUAUGUCGAAGGUAUUAUAAGACAACAACAGCAUUCAAGUCAAAUCUUAUCACAAGAUAAACAACAAGUACCUAUGUCAAGAGAACGUUCAAUGACAAUAACAACAAAUACAUAUUCACUAACAAUUGAACAACCUGAACGAAUGAGUUUGACAUCACUUGAAACAAUAACAGAUACAUUACUAGAAUUAAUGGAAGCUUAAAAUGCAAUGCUUCUAUGGAUUGAUUCGCCUGAAAAUGAUCGUAUGCUAAUCGAAGAAAUUAAAAGAAAUUAUGCAUCGGUGAAAAUUAAUUUUCAACUAAGUUAUAAAGAAGCUCAAAAAUUUUUAAAUGAAAACGCAGAUGACAUACGACAGCGCGAAAUAUUUGUUACUAUAUGUCGAGCUUAUUAUGGAUCCGAAUCAAAAUCUUUUACUGAUAUUGUGCGACUUUUUCAACGUCUUGCUAUCGGAAGAAGACCCAUUGCAGUUUAUACUAUGAGUACGAUAGCAUUAUUGCAAAAAACGCCGAAUCUUCCUGAAGAAAUUAAAGUUUUUGAGAGUCCAGAAGAUUUAUUUGAUUUUAUAAGUGGAUAUCUGUCAAAAUAA